AUGCCACCCACUCACAUAUUCGAUUUGCCGCCGGAAAUUAUCGUCAGAAUUCUGAAAGAAUUGGAUGAGCAGUCGGUGGGCCGCUUGAAGGUCGUCUCCCGGUACUUGAACACGAUCAUUCAAAAGCAUGGAAGUGUUCUUGCAAAGCAGGCAGUCUACCUGGCUGUAUUGAGAGAGAAAGAACUCAUCGUUGAACGGUUCUUGAGAAGAAACCGGUGGGAAGACUACAAGUAUGCGGUUUCCGGCUGGCUAACUGACACUUCUGUGUUACGUCAACUAGCGUAUGCCAAAAUAGAUACGUUACGUUUCCAGUUUACUUUACCUGAAGACGUUGUGGUCGAGUUGGCUAAACGUCUUGAUGCUCUGAAGCUGUCGGUGUUCCAAGUGUGUUUUUCUGGCUGCAAGCUAAGCUCAAAGAGCAUCAUCAGCCUGAUCGCAGUGCUACGACCACAACAAAUCUCCAUUGAGUUUGAUCCCUUCUUCGAUGGCGUAACCGUUGAAGCGUUGUGUGAGGUUGACAGUUUUCGAGAGGUCAAUACCUUGAACCUCGUUAAUUCUCAAAUGACUGACAAUAGCCUUGGACUAAUCACAGCCGAGCACCUGAAUGUCUAUGAAACCUCAAAGCUUACCCUCAAAGGUCUUCGUCACAUUCUCCUGGAGUGGUACAGCGGCAAACGAAAUAUUCAAGACUACCUGUUAUCGAUAUCAGAACGCUUCGUACCCGGAAGAGUUUUCCAUGGUCUACCCUCUCGACAACGAUCCGUAAUAGCAUGGGAGCUGAGAAAUACUACUGGUGUCUUACAUGUCACUAUCAUUGGUCCAGAAUUGAGCUUUGUUAAGUUUUUUGGCAUCGCAAAACUCAACUGUCUAACCACGUUUACUCAGAAAAGGUCCUGA